AUGACAGAAGACACUAGAAUCACACGUUCUGUCCGCUGCAACUGCGGCAAGGUCUCGUUCACAGUAACCGGCAUCGACAGGCUCGCAGUGCACUGCUACUGCGUUAACUGCCAGCGCACAACGGGCUCAGCGUUUGCACACAAUCAUCGAUUUAGCGAAGCCUCUAUCAUAUUUGAUAGGGGAGAGGAGUUUGUCAAGCAGUAUGCGGAUGGAGAUACGGACUCGAAACGACUGAUGCUCAGGCAUUUCUGUGUGAACUGUGGCUCACCGUUGUUCUUGAAAAGCACCGCUGUGGCCGAUUUCGUCGCGGUACACGAAGGUUCCACCACAGAGAAGAGUAAGUCUCAGCCGGUGUUGGAGUUGUUUGUGCAUGAAAAACAUCCGUGGAUUGGGGACGUCAAAGGAGACUACAGAGGUCCGCCGCCGUUUCCGUGGGACCCUCAGCCUUGCAGUUCUGCGUGAUUUUGUCACUGGUAGUUCCAUUUAGUACCACUACUACAGUUUAGACUCGACGUGUGGGAUGGCGAAGAGUCAAAGACCGAAAGCAUGCCGGGCUGAACACGUUUCUCGAAGAUCACCUUUCUGUCGCGAAUUGAGAUUGAGAGCUUUGGCAGACAUGGUAUGCCUCUCAGCAUGAUAACAGUUGAGUACGAUCAAUCCAUGAAGUCAAAAUGCGUCCAAUCAGGGUCGAGUGCAUAUACAAGCAGACAUGCGACCUUCCAAGGGUGCUCUGCACCAUACGAUCUCAAUUACAAAUCAGGCCCCAUCAAGUCUUUACACCGCUUUCCCCUCAAAAGAGGAAGAAGCAAACCCGAUCCAUGUACCAUGGGAU